AAUUAAUAAUCAUUGAUAGUCUUAAAAUUUAUAGUAUAUGAUAUAUCAAAGGAGAAUCAUCAAGUGAAAAUGGAUCUGCAGAAAUACUUACUGAUCAGAUUCUAAAAUUGAGUGGAUAAGUAGAUAAAUAAAUUAUGUAGCUGUUCUUAAUACAGUUUCUAAAGAGGCUAAAUUAUUAUUUAAUGUAUCAAUGAAACGAUAAAAAAAGUGGAAUUAUGAAAAAGAAAAAUUAGAUAUUGCAUAUUUCUUAAAACUCAAAGGAAAUCGCAUGAAGAUAGCCUCUAAUGUAUAUUUGGAGAAGAAAUAUGAUUCUUUUAAGAAUUUAUUAAUUAUAGUAUUUAUUUAUUUUUUUUUGGAGUGA